AACUGAUUCACCACGCAAGUCUGGGUCCUCAAGCCUUCCAAGGGGUCCUCGCUGCCUCGGAGGCGCUCCUAAAGCUGCCUGCUCGCGCGAGAGUUUGGAGGGGCGGGCUUAGGGUCAGUUUCGCGGGGGGCUCGCACGGGACCCUCAGAUCUCCGCUUAGGUGCCUAGUUAAGUGCGGGAAGCUGGGCCAGGCGGUCACUGGCCACCCUGAACCUGGCGGGCGCCGGAGCGCUCUGGAGAAGCCGGGACAGCCCCUUUUUUCCCAGCCAGCUGCUAGGGUUGGGAGCCACAGAAAACAAAGUGAGAGUCCGGCUGCUUUCCAGAGCCUGGGCCACGGCGGCGGCCGUGGGAGCAGAGGUGGAGCGACCCUGUUACACUAAAGAUGAAAGGCUGGGGUUGGCUAGCCCUACUUUUGGGGGUCCUGCUGGGAACUGCCUGGGCUCGAAGGAGCCAAGAUCUACACUGUGGAGCUUGCAGGGCUCUGGUGGAUGAAUUAGAGUGGGAAAUUGCCCGCGUGGACCCCAAGAAGACCAUUCAGAUGGGAUCCUUCCGAAUCAAUCCAGAUGGCAGCCAGUCAGUUGUGGAGGUACCUUAUGCCCGCUCAGAGGCCCACCUCACAGAGUUGCUUGAGGAGGUGUGUGACCGAAUGAAGGAAUAUGGGGAACAGAUUGACCCUUCUACCCACCGCAAGAACUACGUACGCGUCGUGAGCCGGAAUGGAGAAUCCAGUGAACUAGACUUGCAGGGCAUCCGAAUUGACUCAGAUAUCAGCGGCACCCUCAAGUUUGCGUGUGAGAGCAUUGUGGAAGAAUACGAGGAUGAGCUUAUCGAAUUCUUCUCCAGAGAGGCUGACAACGUUAAAGACAAACUUUGCAGUAAGCGGACAGAUCUAUGUGACCAUGCCCUGCACAGAUCUCACGAUGAGCUAUGAAUCACUGGAGCAAGCAGCCUACACCAACAUGAUAGAACACCCCCAGGAGGGGAAGAUGGCGGCGUUGCCUUUUAUAUUACGUUUUUAUGGAAAUGAACUGAAAAAACUCUUGAAACCAAAAGUACAAA